AUGCCGACCGACGUUGAAAUGUCUGGCUCGCGGUCUACCAAAAUUCAGUCUAUUGGCUUCAUGAACUGGACCCUGUGCUUGGGCGCAAACAAGGUCCGAGAUGGGGCAACAAAAGACGAGACAGAAUGCAAAGCGGAUGAGCCGGGCAUUGCGUGCUCGUUGCUCUUUGGUUUCCCGCCGGGCGGGUGA